UGUUUGUGCAGACAAUUUGACUUCGGUUGCAUCCUCAAUUUGUGAAGCUGAAGCAGGUAUUAUUGAACAAAAUGCCCAAUCCAUACGUAAGUUGUCUCUGUCCAACUAUUUCGUAAAAAAAAAUAAUUUACAAAAAAGAAUAAAAUAUCAGCAAAACAGGCAAGAAUUUCUAGAAAAGAUGAAAAUGAAUUAUCAGGCAAAAAAUUGGUACAAGGAAAAAUUGAAUGAAAUGAGUAAAGCUAAAUAUCGUAAAAAUAAGUCUCACAGGGACACAGUAAAGGAAAUGAGUAAAACUAAAUAUCGUAAAAAUAAGUCUCACAGGGACACAGUAAAGGAAAUGAGUAAAACAAAAUACCGUAAAAAUAGAUUGCACAGGCAGAAUAUGAAAUCCAGGAGUAUAAAGAAAUAUCAUGGAAAUCGUCAGCAUAGGCAGCGCGUUGUUGCAUAUAUGAAAUUGAAGAGGCAACGUUUAAAUGCAAAAUUGACAGAGUUUGAUUUAGUUAUGCAGCAGUUUUUGGCUAAAGUCAAUGAUGGCCCGGAUUUUGUCUGUUGUGUGUGUUUUAGAAAGUUAUUUAGAAAACAAGUUUUACCGUGUAGCAUGAAGGAUUAUAGUAAAAGAAAAGAAAUAAGUGUAAUUGCAGGUAAAUGUAUUAGUGAACAAUAUUUGCAUAAAUGUAGUACAGAUUGUGUAUUGCCUUGUCAGUGGUUAGAUUCAGCUAGGGGUCAGUUGUGGAUUUGUUUCAGUUGUAACACUAAAAUUAGUAGAGGUCAUAUGCCACCGGAAUGUGCUUUGAAUAAUUUGGCAACAUGUUUUAUUCCACCAGAAUUAGCAUGCUUGAAUAGUUUAGAGCAACAUUUAAUAGCGCUGCAUAUUCCAUUCAUGAAGAUGCUAGCAUUGCCUAAAGGUGGGCAAAAUGGCGUCCACGGGCCUGUAACGUGUGUUCCUGCUAAUAUUGUGCAGACGAGCAAUUUGCUGCCGCGUUCGGACAUGGAUGGAUCUUUGCUACCUGUCAAACUGAAGCGUAAGCUCACAUAUAAAGGGCAUUAUGAGUAUCAGUUUGUGGAUAGUCUACGCAUCAAGCAGGCGUUGCAGUAUUUGAAACAGAAUAAUCUACAUUAUAAGGAUGUAGAUUUUAAUGAAGAGUGGUUAAAUGAGUUUUGUAGGGAACAAGAGAGUGUGGCAGAACAGGACAGUGCAGCAGUAGAUGGUAAUGCUAAUGAUGACAGUAAUGCAGCUGCUGAGGAAGAUGAGCUUCUGCAUGACAGACAACAUCAUUGUAUGUUUCAGGACACUUGUCUUAUGCCUGUUGACAUUGGUCAAGAAGCGCUUGAUCAGUAUUUUGAUAACAUAUUAAAUGUAGCUCCAGCAGAAGGCAACACUCCUGUCAAGUUGUUGUCUGAUCAUUCAAAUGAAGCAAAAUGUUUCCCGGUGUUGUUUCCGACUGGAUCUGCGACAUACCACGACAGCAGACCUUGUCGCUUGACUUUGUGCCGUUAUUUUAAUAACCGUAUUUUAAAUGCUGAUGGUAGAUUUGCACAAAAUGUUGAUUACAUCUUCUUUGCUCAGUACAUGUCUGAGGUUGAAAAGGUUGUGUCAAGUGUAUCAAUAGCAUUACGAAAGGGAAAAGGAGGGCAAUUUAAAAAUGUAACUACGAGUGUAUUAAAUGAUGAAGAACAGUUUAAGCAGUUGUUGCAGUUUGAUGAUGGGUAUCGCUUUCUCAAACCUAUUAGAGGUACCCCAUCUUUUUGGCAGGGCGUGCAGCGUGAUUUGUUAGCUUGUGUUCGUCAGCUGGGGAUCCCCACGUGGUUUUGUUCAUUUUCUUCUGCUGAUAUGCGGUGGAAGAAUCUUUUGAAUAGCAUAUUGAAACAGGAAGGUAGGACAGAGACGGCCGAAGAGCUGGAGUGGGCAGAUAGAUGCGAACUUUUGCGUCGUAAUCCCGUUACUGCAGCGAGGAUGUUCGAUUUUCGCUGGCAUUGUUUUCUGAAAGAGGUUUUAAUGUCUCCAUCUAAUCCCAUUGGCAAAGUCAUAGAUUACUUCUAUAGGGUUGAAUUCCAGCAGCGUGGUUCACCACAUGUUCACUGCCUGUUUUGGAUCGAAAAUGCACCAAUAAUUGACAAAAAUACUGAUGAAGAGGUAAUUCAAUUUAUUGAUAAUUAUGUAACAUGUGAAUUACCUGCACAAGAUGAGACACUAUUGGACAUAGUUUCAUCUGUGCAAAAGCAUUCCAAACGGCAUUCUAAAACAUGUAAAAAAAAUAGAACUGUUUGUCGUUUUAAUUUUCCUAAGCCCCCGUCUGCGAGAACUUUUAUAUCUCGCCCGCCUAUUGAAGACGAGGAGGAGGAUAAAACAUGCACAUGCCAGAAAGAUGGAGCACAAAAAUUGGAAGACUGUGCAUGCAAAAUUAGGAAACAGAAAAAAUUAGAACAAAAAGCAAUGGCAGUGAACAUUACAACAAAAAUUAAAAUGGCCCUAUCAGAUGACAAUGUCAGUUUUGACACUGUAGAGCAAUUGUUUCAUUAUGUACAGGUAGAUCAAAGGAUGUUUGAAAAAGCCUACAAUAUUUGUGCUAAGAAGACGCAUGUUGUUUUAAGAAGGCAAGCCAAUGAGGUUUGGAUUAAUCAAUAUAGUAAACCACUUUUAAAAUGUUGGAAUGCGAAUAUUGAUAUCCAAUAUGUUGUCGACGCGUAUGCUUGUGUAGUGUAUAUUAUUUCCUACAUUUCAAAAGCAGAGCGUGAGAUAGGACUAUUAUUAGGGAAUGCACAGAGGGAAGCUGCUAGGGAGGGAAAUAGCAGUGCUAAAGAUGCACUUAAAAACUUAGGAAGUGUGUAUUUACACAAUCGAGAUGUGUGUGCACAAGAGGCUGUCUACAGGUUGACUAGCAUGCAUCUGAAGGAGUGUUCUAGGCAAGUUGUUUUUGUUCCAGUCGGGGAUCACGCUGUUAAAAUGAGUUUGCCUUUAUCGAUGUUAAAACAAAAGGCAUUAUCACAUGACCUUACCACGGAAGAUAUGUGGAUGACUAGUUCUGUUGACAGAUAUAAGAAUAGGCCAAGAGACGAUACCUUUAACGAUAUGUGUAUGGCAACAUUUGCCUCCGAGUAUCGUGUUUUGAGCAAAUCCCAGAUGUCUGUUAACAGGAUAAUACUAGAUAACAAUUGUGGCUUCAUUUUGAAAAGAACACGUUCGGACCCUGCAGUGAUUCGGUAUGCGCACUUUUCCGAAACAAAGAAUCCAGAAUUGUUUUAUCAGAGUAUUAUGCAGUUGUUUUUGCCGUUUCGUAUAGACAUGCACCUGAAACCAGCAGGUUUUGAAACGUUUGAACAAUUUUAUAGUCAUGGUCAUGUGGGAUUGAAUGAUGGAGUGCUGCAUUCGGUUAAGUCAGUUGUCGAUUCAAAUCGCAGCAGAUUUGAAAUUGAUGCUGAAAAGUUGGAUAAUAUCCACAAUUUGGUUGACACGGAUGCAGUUCUGGAAGAUGCCUGGUGUGAUCUCUGCCCGGAGCAAGAACAGGAGCGUCUAGAGUGUUUGGAAGAGCGUAGGAAGAGUGAACAACCUUCAGAUGAGCCUGUAGAAGGUAUUCCGGAUUUAGCGAUUAGUAAUAGAGAAGUUUCUCAUUUAGAAAAAAGACAGAAUGUACUGUGCAGAAGUGAUGGCUUGGCCUUAAUUAGAUCUCUUAAUGACACACAGCUCUCUAUCUUUUACCAGAUUAGACAGUGGUGUUUAAGUAAGGUUAAUGGUGAAAAAAUAGCUCCGUUGCGUGUCUUUGUUACAGGUGGUGCAGGGACAGGUAAAAGCCACUUAAUAAAGGCUAUCCAGUAUGAGGCAAUGAGGUUAUUGUCAAGAGGUUGUCGCAAUCCGGACGACAUUUGCGUUUUGCUAACUGCUCCUACGGGGAUAGCUGCACACAAUUUACAUGCAGGUACUAUUCACAGUUCAUUUGGCAUUGGUAAAGAUGUGCGCUUGCCUUACACGCCACUGGGUGAGGAAAAGCUCAAUUCUUUGCGUGCUAAAUAUAGUAACUUGCAGAUUUUGAUAAUCGAUGAAAUUUCCAUGGUUGAUCAUAAACUAUUGGCCUACAUCCAUGGACGUUUAAGACAAAUUAAACAGUCUGGUGGCUAUUCCCCGUUUGGAAAUGUUAGCAUAAUUGCAGUUGGGGAUUUUUAUCAGUUGCCUCCAGUGAAAGGGAAAGCUUUAUAUUUAGAUGAUAUUAGUGUUGGCUUGUGGACUGAGUUUCAGGUUGCGGAACUGAAAACUGUUGUCCCAAAAGAUGUUGUCUUUGCAGAGUUGUUGAACAGAGUGAGAACUCGUUCAAAAGGGACCCCCAUGCUGGAUUCGGAUAUACAAUUAUUAAAGCAGUGUGAAACUGGUUGUGAAGUCAGCUCAGCUUUACACAUUUUUCCUACCAACAAACAAGUAAAUGAGCAUAAUGUUCUACAGUUAUUCAAGAGUUGUCCUGAUUAUGUUAAGAUAGAUGCAAAAGAUUUUGUACAUAGUAAGCAAACAGGCAAGCUUGUGUUGAAGGAAGGACAUCAUAGCAAAACGUACAAUACGUGUCUGGAUAAGACCCUGCUUUUGGGAGUAGAUGCUCGUGUAAUGCUGUUAAAAAAUCUGGAUGUUGAUGAUGGUUUAGUGAAUGGUGUGUGUGGCACCAUCACACAUAUAGUUUAUCCCGAUAAUGAUGAUAAGUUCCCAAAGAUGAUUUAUGUUAAGUUUGAUGAUCAUCAAGUUGGGACAAAAAGGAGGACUUGCUCUGCAUUUACCUCUGCUGUUGAAACGGGUUCCACGGGCAUUGAACCAGAAGAGGAAAGGGUGACUAAACAUGGUGGAUUGCGCCGGCAAUUUCCGCUAAAGCUUGCCUGGGCUUGUACAGUCCAUAAAGUCCAAGGACUUACUGUGGAUAAAGCCGUAGUUUCGCUGAAGAGAAUCUUUGCAGCUGGUCAAGCAUAUGUGGCUUUAAGUCGAGUUAGAAGUUUGUCGGGUUUAGUUAUUCAGAAUUUUGACGAGAAAGCCAUAUAUUGCAAAGAUAACAUUGAGGAUGCAAUUGCAACAAUGCCUCCCUUCUUGGUCACAAAUAUUACAGCUUGUAAUUUAACUACACCACCAUUUAAUGUGUUUUUGAUGAAUGUGCAAAAUUUGACUCCACAUGCAACUGAUUUGGCUUUGUGUACACAGCAUCUGCAGCUUAACUGUAUUGCUGUUACUGAAACAUGGCUGCCUGCAGUUUGCUCAUUGGAAACUGUAAAAAUGGAUGGUUAUGAUUUCCACAAUCAUCCAAGGAGUUUGUCCUACAAUAGCAGCAACCCCUUAUUCAAACAAAUUCAAGACCAACAACAUGGUGGAGUUGGCAUGUACAGUGCAGAGAAUUUGGCACACAGUAUUAUCCCGGUACCAAAUGUAAAUAUAGAAUGUUUGGUUUACCACUGCACUGCAUACAAUAUAUUAAUCGCAGUUAUUUAUCGACCACCAUCAUAUACCAUAACAUUGUUUAAAGAAAACCUUGAAAAAUUACUUAAUUGGCUCAAUCACCAAAGUACCACAAUUGCUGUCAUGGGAGAUUUCAAUGACAACAUUUUGAAAUCAUCAACUAUCUGCAAGUUCAUGACUGACAAAGGGUUUAUCCAAAUUGUCAAACAAGCAACAACAGAAAAAGGCACAUUAAUUGAUCAUGUGUAUGUAAAAACAUCACAUUAUGAUGUACAGUCUGUUGUCUUGCCGACAUAUUUCAGUGACCAUGAAGGGAUCCUAUGUUCAUUUACAUCUAGGAGUUAGAACAUGAUCAUGGACAACUUGAAUAACUAUAAAAUGUGUUUUAUGAAAUCUCUUAAAUUAAUAUAUAAUGUGUAUAUAAUAAUGUAUAUGUAUGAAUUUUGUUUUCUUAAUUUUUAAUAUUCAUGUAAUGUUGUUCAAUUAAUUCUCUUGUACUAUUGUUUACUGUGAAUUUCAUAUGUUGUAUGUUUUAUGAAUUGCCUUGUCUAAGCCUAUUAUGCAUGUUUACAAACAUACAGGUGUUUGUUCAAUGAUUUAUCUUGUAUGAUUUUAUAAUGUGCAUGCAGUAAUGUGUUUAUGAUUACUGCAUGAUUUAUGAACUCUUUCUCAUAAUAAUUGGUAAUGUGAAUGUCAUAAUGUGUGUUUUAUGAAUUAUCUUAAUAUAAAUUGUAAUGAAUACUAAUAAAAGUUAUUGCAUGGUG